GGGCGGGCGCGGCGGCGGCAGCGCGGAGCGGAGCCGAGGUGCCACGAUGACGGCGAACGGAACGGCGGAGCCGGUGCAGAUCCAGUUCGGGCUGAUCAACUGCGGCAACAAGUACCUGACGGCGGAGGCGUUCGGCUUCAAGGUGAACGCGUCGGCCGCCAGCAUGAAGAAGAAGCAGAUCUGGACGCUGGAGCAGGACGGGGAGGACUCCAGCGCGGUGCUGCUCAAGAGCCACCUGGGCCGCUACCUGGCAGCCGACAAGGACGGCCGCGUGAGCUGCGACAGCGAGGAGCCGGGCCCCGACUGCCGCUUCCUGGUGGUGGCCCACGGCGACGGGCGGUGGUCGCUGCAGUCCGAACCGCACCGCCGCUUCUUCGGCGGCACCGAGGACCGCCUCUCGUGCUUCGCCCCGUCCGUGUCCCCCGCCGAGAAGUGGAGCGUGCACCUGGCCAUGCACCCCCAGGCCAACCUCUACAGCCUGGCCCGCAAGCGCUACGCGCACCUGGGGCCGCGCCGCGACGAGCUGGCCGUGGACCGCGACGUGCCGUGGGGCGUGGACGCGCUCAUCACGCUGCUCUUCGUGGAGCAGCGCUACAGCCUGCAGAGCUGCGACCACCGCCUGCUGCGGGCCGACGGCCGCCUGGUGCCCUCCGCCGAGCCCGGCACCGCCUUCACGCUGGAGUUCCGCUGCGGGAAAGUGGCGUUCCGCGACGGGGAGGGCCGCUACCUGGCGCCGUCGGGGCCCAGCGGGACGCUGAAGGCGGGGAAGAGCAGUAAGGUGGGGAAGGAUGAGCUGUUCGCGCUGGAGCAGAGCUGCCCGCAGGUCGUGCUGCGCGCUGGGAACGACCGGAACGUGUCCACCCGGCAAGGGAUGGACCUGUCGGCCAACCAGGAUGAGGAGGGCGACCAGGAGACCUACCAGCUGGAGAUCAACAAGGACACCAAGAAAUGCGCCUUCCGCACCUACACGGGCAAGUACUGGACCCUCACCUCCAACGGGGGCAUCCAGUCCACCGCCUCCACAAAGAACGCCAGCUGCUACUUCGACAUUGAGUGGUGCGACAAGCGCAUCACCCUGCGGGCCGCCAACGGCAAGUACGUGACGGCAAAGAAGAACGGGCAGCUGGCAGCCUCCAUGGAGACAGCAGGUGAGACGGAGCACUUUGUGAUGAAGCUGAUCAACAGACCCAUCAUCGUGCUGCGCGGAGAGCACGGCUUCAUCGGCUGCCGGAAGGUGACCGGCACCCUGGACUCCAACCGCUCCUCCUACGACGUCUUCCAGUUGGAGUUCAACGAUGGAGCCUACAACAUCAAGGAUGCCACUGGGAAGUACUGGAUGGUGGGCAGCGAGUCGUCCGUCACCAGCAGCAGCGAUACGCCCGUGGACUUCUUUUUUGAGUUCUGCGACUAUAACAAAGUGGCCAUCAAAAUCAAUGGCAAAUACCUGAAGGGUGACCACGCCGGGGUCCUCAAAGCAUCCGCCGAUGCCAUCGACGCCUCCACCCUCUGGGAAUAUUAAUGCACUUUAGCGUACCUCCCAUUGCCAACCUCUCUUUCCCCUGUCCGUUUUGUUUUGUUGGGUUCUUUUUGUUGGUUUUUCUUUUCUUUUUUUUUUUUUUUUUU